AUGGUCGCGUCAAGUUCUCCGCUAAGAGCUGCCUUCCCCCUGGAAGAGUGUGGAGAACACAACUUGCAUCAAGAAAACGGGAUCCCUGGUUCCCUCCCAACCCCGCCACAUACCGGACAGCUACAGUCUGUAAGCACGUUCGAUCUCGCACCUCUACCCCACCCGAACUUUGUAAGCAUGGCAGCAGUCAGUAUGAGCUCUGAGAGUGAGGGGGAGUCAUACUACUCUCCUGUAUCCUCAGCCAUGUCACCAGCAUUUUCUUCAGUUCCAUCCACCCCAGAAAUGAAGCACACUGCUCUCUAUAAAAGUGCCAAUGCCAAUGCCAUGCCAACAGUUCCCGAAAAUUCAACACCCUCAAUUAGUAGCCUCCCGGUAUUAGAUCUUCCCCAAUUGGCCCCUGCUCCUCGUCACGUUCCUGGGACCCCUUCGCCAGUGCGGGCCCGGGUACCGGCACCCCAACUUACCCAGUCACUCGGAGCAAAGUCUUCUGGCAUCACAAUGGAGGAGAUCUCAAGCUUCAUCUCUGGCCCUGAUCAAGACGGCAAGUGGCUUUGCCUCUUCCCGGAGUGUAAAAAGAGGUUCGGAAGGAAAGAGAACAUCAAGUCACAUGUUCAAACCCACCUUGGAGAUAGACAAUAUAGAUGCGAGGCCUGCAAGAAGUGUUUCGUGAGACAGCAUGACUUGAAGAGACAUUCCAAGAUCCACACGGGAGUCAAGCCAUACCCCUGCUUGUGCGGCAAUUCAUUUGCAAGGCACGAUGCACUAACACGGCAUAGACAGAGAGGGAUGUGCGUUGGCGCGUUUGAGGGCAUUGUGAAGAAGGUGGUAAAGAGAGGAAGACCCCGCAAGAAGCCCCUUCCGGAGGAUGACCAAAAGUUGAAAGUGGAGGAAACUUCCGACAGCUCGGCAGCGGAUGGAUCACCAGGAUCCUCGAAUCCUCAGACACCAUAUGAGCUCCCAGACUUUGGUAGCCCGCUUCCCCAGACCCCAUCGCCUCAUACCCCGAUCCUUGGCGAGGAAGAGGAGGCAACACCUCGUUGUAGAGGGGGCUCAUCAGAUUUUCUCACCCAGCCCACAGGAUCGCGGGGCUGUUCCCCCCCAACCUCUCCAAGUGAUGAGUAUGACUUCGAGUCAUUUGUCUCACCGCUCUCACCCUCGUCAAAUGGGAAUUCCGUUGGGUCCAGUUCACUGGCCGAAAGUGACUUUGUGCCCCCGUAUGGACCCCUCGCGAUAAAUACGACAGCUGCAACGACAGAGCAGGUAGUAGGAGCUUCUAUGAAGAAGUUUGGCGUCGGAUCAUUCGGCUCCCUAGAUGAGUACGCAUCCUCAUCUGGCGCGGAAGAGUUCGGCUUAUUUUCUCAGGAUGGCAUGGAUAUGCUCGGCCUAACGACACUAGAGAGAGACCCGAGCAUAUUGAACUUUGACGACAUGUACACCAAACCCGAAUUUAUGGCCAACGCUGAAAAUAGCAGUUUUUACUGA